AUGGCGAACCGCGGCCCCAGCUACGGCCUGAGCCGGGAGGUGCAGGAGAAGAUCGAGCAGAAGUACGACGCGGACCUGGAGAACAAGCUGGUGGACUGGAUCAUGCUGCAGUGCGCCGAGGACAUCGAGCACCCGCCCCCCGGCAGGGCCCAUUUCCAGCAGUGGCUGAUGGACGGGACGGUCCUGUGCAAGCUGAUAAACAGCUUAUACCCACCUGGGCAAGAGCCCAUUGCCAAGAUCUCAGGGUCCAAGAUGGCUUUUAAACAGAUGGAGCAGAUCUCCCAGUUCCUGAAAGCUGCAGAGGCCUAUGGUGUCAGGACCACUGACAUUUUCCAAACAGUGGAUUUAUGGGAAGGGAAGGACAUGGCAGCUGUGCAGAGGACCCUGAUGGCUCUAGGCAGUGUUGCAGUCACCAAGGAUGACGGCUGCUACCGGGGAGAGCCAUCCUGGUUUCACAGGAAAGCCCAGCAGAAUCGGAGAGGAUUCUCAGAGGAGCAGCUUCGCCAAGGACAGAAUGUGAUAGGCCUGCAGAUGGGCAGCAACAAGGGCGCCUCCCAGGCGGGCAUGACGGGGUACGGGAUGCCCAGGCAGAUCCUGUGA